AAUUCUCCACUUCCGUUUCACUCUUUUUUGGUAAAAUAAAAAUCUGUCAACAUGGGUCGUAUGCACGCUCCUGGUAAGGGUAUAUCCCAAUCAGCUUUACCUUAUAGAAGAACAGUUCCAUCUUGGUUGAAAUUAAAUGCCGAAGAUGUUAAAGAGCAAAUUAAAAAAUUAGGGAAAAAAGGUUUAACACCAUCCAAAAUAGGUAUCAUACUUCGUGAUUCACAUGGUGUGGCUCAAGUGCGGUUUGUUAAUGGCAAUAAGAUAUUACGCAUUAUGAAAUCUGUUGGACUUAAACCUGACAUACCUGAAGAUCUAUAUCAUAUGAUUAAAAAAGCGGUUGCUAUACGCAAGCAUUUAGAACGUAAUCGCAAGGAUAAGGAUGGUAAAUUCCGUUUGAUUUUGGUUGAGUCUCGUAUCCAUAGAUUAGCUCGCUAUUAUAAAACGAAAAGCGUACUUCCUCCGAACUGGAAAUACGAAUCGAGCACAGCCUCUGCUUUGGUCGCGUAAGGAACAUUGCUUCGUACUAAAUUUUCUUACUGUUUUAUAAUUUACAAAUAAAACGAAAAAAAAAAAGUGUAA